GAGAAUUCAAAUAAAAGGCCUGCUUAUAACACUGCACAGAGCGAACUUAGUAGAGUGACAUAGUGCUCAUAAUAGCAAACUGCAUUUGUAGCCUUGAGCUUAGCUUUCAUAGGAUGCUAAUGCUAUGCAGACCGUUUUCUAGUAGUCCACGCUCGAAUCAGCCCACUCCAAUGAUAAAACCGAUGUCACUUGAUAAUAUCGAUACUUCCAGAUUUGCUUUAGCCUGUGUAAAUGGCACGUCAGAACGGGUCGUUGAUUCACGGGUACCUAUUACUAAAAACGAAUCCGAUUGCGUGUACCACUUUCGAGCUCUCAUCGUUACUAUGUCGUUUAUAUAUAACACGUAUAGGAAAAUAAAUGUUUAUGGGACUCUCCACUUUGAGGUUAGUUAACCUAGCUGUACGCAUAAAACAACAACGCUUUAUAUAAACGGAAACACCGUGCGGGCUGGAACCCCCCAGCUCUUUUAUGCAUAGAUAUUUUCUUGAAGGUAAUCGCAAUGAAAUUUUUCGGAAAGGAGAGAGGUAAAGCCUUAUGCACUAAAGGUAAUCCUCGGCUGUUUAACCGCCUCUCCACUCGUGGUAAACUUAAUAAAUGCGUUCAUCCGUCAGCUCGUGUUGUUUGCAGCGUUGUCCCGAACAUAAAAACAGCAAUCGUAUCGUUUGUUUCCCAGCAUCUAACUCCUAGUCAACGUGUUGCCAAAUCGGUUCUAUUUAUUUUCUCGGCUGUUUCGCGAGCGGCAUCAGCAAAUAAAAAUGCGACUUCGCUUCUACCUAGAUGCUCAAGGUGUCGACCUGUAACGUGCGCUGUAACAAGUCAGACUCGGCAGGCUAUUCUAUCAGCCGUAUCUGAGUUCGGGGAUACCACUCUAUCUACACGUCUAACAACACGUUCAGUACUACGCACUGUGCACUCAUGUACGCGGAGAACAUAUGGACAAUUUGCACGUCUAGCGCUGUUGUUCCAUAUUCGUGAAUGGCCGUUUGCUUUGAGCGAACUUUCAUCUUUUAGGAACACAAGUACAGAUACAAACAUAUACAAAUAGCAGCCAUGGCCUUUUCGGUCCUCCAAAAGAAAGACAAUGCGCACGGCGAUGCUAUUUGGGCCUGUACGUGGGUCAAGUCAUCAACUACUAAUGAGGAUCUGGUUAUAACUGGUAGCCUUGAUGAUUCGGUCAAGGUUUGGACCUGGGACGAAGAUAAGCAACUUCAGCUGAAGCACACGUUGGAAGGUCACUGCCUUGGCGUUAAUUCGGUUGCCGCCAACCGAGAGGGAACUCUCUUGGCAACCAAUGCGUUGGACGCUACUGUCAAAUUCUGGGAUCUUGAAAGCGGCGAAGAAACGAACGUUAUGGAGUCGCAUGAACACCACGCGUGGAAAGUCACGUUUUCGCCUGAUUCACGCCUAAUUGCCAUCGGCACACAGCAACGUAAGGUUUCGCUUUACGAGGUAGAGACCCGCAAGGUUGUCGGCGAGUUGGAUACAACCGGCAAAUACAUCAUGGCAUUGGCGUUUUCGCCCGAUGGCAAGUACCUUGCAACGGCGUCGAUAGAUGGGCCUAUCAACAUAUUCGAUCUGCAGACGUCGGCUUUGUUAACUACACUCGACGGCCACGCGAUGCCUGUUCGAGGGCUGGCCUUCUCGCCGGACUCGUCGGUGCUCGUCACAGCGUCAGACGACAAACACGUAAAAGUCUAUGAGGUUGGCAAGCUCGACCAAAGUGCUACAGAUGUCCACCUCGUUACCACCCUAUACGGCCAUGGCAGCUGGGUCGUGGAUGUUGCGUUUGCACCUGAUGGCAAACGUUUCGCCACUUGCUCGGCCGAUAACACCGUCAAAGUUUGGGAUCUGGCGGCUCGUGAAUGUGUACACACAUUUUCGGCCCACUCGCUACAGGUAGCAGCGGCCUCGUACAACCCGAACGGGAGUCGGCUUGUCAGCGUCUCUGAUGACCGUAGUAUGGUGGUCUAUAACACGCCUGUUUAGGCAGCUAGAUUGGCUGAACUACUCCUCAAAAGCGAAGAUGCUAAAUCGUGUUAAUUGACUCUGGCGAACGCCUUUAUUAGAUAUCAUUUCAAUCCACAUCACUAUAAUGAUUAUAUACACAAAUAGAAGAAAACAUGAGAUGAGACUAAGUUAUACGGGUAGAAAAAAGACAGAUGUUAAAAAGUCCAAUAGUAAUCUGUUUGAACCUGCGAAGAAAUUAAUGCGCGGGAAGGCGUACACAAUGCAUGUACAAAUACUGUAUUAUAAAAUUUCAUUGGUAGCCAGUCAUACGAUUGGAACUUAGCUUUUUCUUCAGUCAUCGCAUGUGUUUUUUUCAUUUAUUUAAGUAGUUUGCAUUCUAAAGUUAAAAGGAUUACGUGUGAGAUCAAACAUUAUAUUAAUACGUCCACGUAAUUCGAUCAUGACAUAUAAGAGUUAUAAAGAGAUUGAGAUGGAAUUAACAAAUGAGAUAAUAAUGAAACAAAUAAAAAGUAUAUUUGUCAUUAAACGAAACCAUUGUAUUAUCUUUAAAGACAAGUAAAUUAAAGCGGCGGGCCUAAAGGCUGAAGUAAAAGAUGUAGAAGUAAUAACGUCUAACAAUUGAA